UUCAUCAGCACCGUUCUCUGGCUCCUGUAGCGGAUUCGUUUCCCUGAGGGACUCGGCGGAUGAUCCGGACCCGGUGAACCGGACCGAGCCUCUGUCCUCCCCGGUGUGUUUCUGGCUUUCUGCUCCGUGUUUACCGGACGGCGGCGGCGGCGGCGGCGGUGAUGAUGGUGGACGCGGCGGAGUGCGGGCUGUGCGGGGUGAAGGUGAUGUGUCGCUUCAGGCCGCUGAGCGACGCGGAGCGAAGCCGCGGAGACAAAUUCGUCCCCAAAUUUAACGGAGAGGACACGGUGGUGGUGGCGGGGAAGCCAUACGUGUUUGACACGGUCCUCCCUCCGCACACUGAGCAGGUACAGGUGUACGACACCUGUGCCAGACAGAUCGUCAGAGAUGUGUUGUGUGGAUAUAACGGGACCAUCUUUGCGUACGGUCAGACGUCGUCAGGAAAGACUCACACCAUGGAGGGGAAGCUGCACGACCCCCGACUGAUGGGAAUCAUUCCUCGCAUUGCCAGAGACAUCUUCGACCACAUCUACUCGAUGGACGAAAACUUGGAGUUUCACAUCAAGGUCUCUUAUUUUGAAAUCUAUCUGGACAAAAUCAGAGACUUGCUUGAUGUGUCAAAGACAAACUUGUCCGUACACGAGGACAAAAACAGGGUUCCCUAUGUGAAGGGCUGCACGGAGCGUUUUGUCUCCAGUCCCGAGGAGGUGAUGGACGUCAUCGAUGAGGGGAAAGCGAACAGACACGUCGCCGUGACCAACAUGAACGAGCACAGCUCUCGCAGCCACAGCAUUUUUCUGAUCAACAUCAAGCAGGAGAACGUGGAGACGGAGACGAAGCUGUCGGGGAAACUUUACCUGGUCGACCUCGCCGGCAGCGAGAAGGUCAGUAAAACCGGAGCGGAAGGCUCCGUGUUGGACGAAGCCAAGAACAUCAACAAGUCUCUGUCUGCUCUUGGGAACGUUAUCGCUGCUCUGAGCGAAGGAACGAAAACCCACGUCCCGUACAGAGACAGCAAGAUGACCCGAAUCCUUCAGGACUCUCUGGGAGGAAAUUGUCGAACUACCAUCAUCAUUUGCUGCUCGCCAUCGGUGUACAACGAGGCCGAGACCAAGUCCACCCUCAUGUUUGGACAGAGAGCUAAAACCAUAAAGAACACAGUGUCUGUGAACCUGGAGUUGACAGCGGAGGAGUGGAAGAAGAAGUACGAGAAGGAGAAAGAGAAGAACAGGAGUCUGAAUGUCACGAUCCAGAAACUGGAGAACGAGCUGAAACGCUGGAGGAAAGGUGAGUCUGUACCUGUUGAGGAGCAGCUGAGCAGCAGAAACAAGAAGAGCAGCGGUGAGACGGCGGCAGUGAUGGACAGCUCGGCCCUGCCCUCCGUCCCUAUGUCUGACGAGGAGAGGACGCAAUACGAGACGCUCAUCACUGACCUGUACCAGCAGCUGGACGACAAGGAUGAUGAGAUCAACCAGCACAGUCAGACGGCUGAGAAAUUCAAACAGCAGCUGGUCGAACAGGACGAGCUGUUGGCGUCGAGCCGCCAGGACUACGAGCGUCUGCAGGAGGAAGUGUCCCGGCUCCAGAAAGACAGUGACUCAGCCAAAGAGGAGGUGAAGGAGGUGCUGCAGGCGCUGGAGGAGCUAGCUGUCAACUACGACCACAAGAGCCAGGAGGUGGAGGACAAGAACCGCUGCAACGCACAGCUGAAUGAGGAGCUCGCGCACAAAACCGUGAGUUUGGAGACGGUUCAGAGGGACUUUUCCACUCUGCAGGAUCUCAGCGCUCAUCAUAAGAAGAGAUCAGCAGAGAUCCUCAACCUGCUGCUCAGAGACCUCAGCGACAUCGGGGGUGUCCUCGGUACCACCGACCUCAAAGCUAUGACGGAGACGAGCGGAGCGAUGGAGGACGAGUUCACCACGGCUCGUCUCUACAUCAGUAAGAUGAAGUCGGAGGUCAAAUCUCUGGUGAGCCGCAGCAAACAGCUGGAGGCCAACCUGAUGGAGAACACCAGCAGGAUGGUGGCCAGCGAGGAGGAGCUCAACACCCUUCAGCUGCUGGUCUCACAGCUCCAGGCGAAGAUGGCAUCUCUGACAGAUGACCUCCAGAGGGUGGAGCAGAAGAAGAGGCAGCUGGAGGAGAGUCAGGAUGCUCUGACGGAGGAGGUCGCCAAACUGCAGGCUCAGGGUAAAAUGCAUGAGGUGACGGUGAUGGACAAAGAGAAGGAACACAUGAGCAGACUGAAGGACGCUGUUGACAUGAAGAGAACUCUCGAGGAACAGAUGGAGAACCACAGAGAAAUUCAUCAGAAGCAGCUGAGUCGACUCCGGGACGAGAUCGAGCAGAGACGGAGGGACGCCGACCGGCUCAAAGAUGUGAAUCAGGUUCUUCAGCUGGAGAACAGGAAGCUUCAGUCCGACCUCGACAGGCUGAAGGCUGACGACCAGAACAAAGAGCAGAAACUGCAGAAGCUGCUGUUCCUGAAUGAGAAGCGAGAACAGGCCAAAGAGGACCUGAAGGGUCUGGAGGAGACAGUGGCCAAAGAGCUGCAGACGCUGAGUGACCUCCGCAAACUCUUCAUCCAGGACAUCGGCGCUCGAGUGAAGAACAGUUUGGAGAACGACAGCGACGAGGCCGGAGGCAGCCUGGCUCAGAGACAGAGGAUCGUCUUCUUAGAAAAUAACCUGGAGCAGCUGAGUAAAGUCCACAAACAGCUGGUGCGGGACAACGCAGACCUUCGCUGCGAGCUGCCAAAGCUGGAAAAGCGUCUUCGGGCCACGGCAGAGCGAGUGAAAGCUCUGGAAGCCGCGCUGAGGGAUGCCAAGGAGUCGGCUCUGAGAGACCGCAAGCGAUACCAACAGGAAGUGGACCGCAUCAAAGAAGCCGUUCGCUCCAAGAACGUCUCCAGGAGAGGACACUCCGCUCAGAUAGCCAAGCCAAUCAGAGCCGGGCAUCAGCACCCAUCCUCGUCUCCGUCCAUCAGACUGACCAUCAGAGGAGGCGGGGCAGCAAGUAGUCCGCGUCACCACUCCUCCCGACAGCAGUCGUCUCAGCAACCGCUCCAGCAACAACCCCAUCAGAGCUACACCAAGUAAGGUGCAGGGAACAGACCACUGGAUCCGUUUUGUUUGGAUUUCUGAGCGCUCUCUCACCACUCUGCCUUUAUUGGAACCAGACUCCUUUCCACCUUAACAGCCAUUCCACCUUAACAGCCAACAAGUGCUUUCUUCCCUCUCUGUGUUCUUUUUCUGACUCUGGUGCUCCGAGUCUGUCUGAUGGGAUCAGCUGAGUCACAUUGUGAAUGAGUCAGAUAAUAUUUUAACGUCAGCAGACUGACUCGGCAACUUUCAAUUCUUCAGAUCUGAUUUCAGCUUUAAACUUAAUUCGGUCUCUAACGUGAGAACGCACAGGAAGUUAAAUAAUUAGACAGAACUUUAAUUUGACGUCAGGAGUAAAGUUCUAAACAAAAAGAAAAAAACGAAGUGAAAUUACAAAUUUAAACUUUUUCUUGGAAAAUAAAUCAUAUUAAAUUCCUUUGCAAAGAAUAGUUUUACUUUACCUCAACAUAGAAUUUUUCCUGUGAACUUGAUUUAUUUGCCGUUCCUGUUGCACUAACACGUACAAAGUCAAAUUCAUAAGCCGUGUUUAUAUGUUUAAAUGAAGACGGAACAAAUACACAAACAAAAUACAAACACAACUUAGUCGUUAACAUUAAUAUUUUGUCUGAGGACACAGUUUGGUUUGAGCCUGUUUUAUAGACGUGAAUCGUUUCUGUUCUUAUUUUUGAUCUUCAUCAUG